AUGUGCCCUCCCCUCCUCCCCAGGACCCCUUUCCCAAAGGGCUCAGCCCCCCCAUACACCCCCAGACAGGGCCCAUUUAACCGGGAGGCUUUUCCUUCCUCCCCUUUUUCUCCCAGCUCCUUGGAUAUCUAUUUUUCCCUUUUUUUUUUUUUUUUUUUUUCCCCCUCUUCUCUCCCUCCUCUGGAGGGUGUUUGCUAUUUCCGAGCUGGCUGGGAGGAUCCCAGUCGCAUCAGCCGCAGGCAGCGACGCGGCACCGCCGGGUACCACCGCGAUCCCACCGGCAUCCUCCGUCCUUCCCGCCUGGAUCAGCCCCGCCGGGGCUCCCUGUCCUGCCGCCCCUUCCAUUCUCUCACCCUGCCGCUCCACCGGCAUCCCACCGCGUCCCGGCAGCCCCCCGGCACGGCCAGGAGCUCAGCCCCUCCGGCCAUGGAGCUGCUCUCCACCCCCAAGAACAUCGAGAUCAACAACAUCACCUGCGACUCCUUCCGCAUCUCCUGGGCCAUGGAGAAGGGGGACCUGGAGAGGGUCACUCACUACUUCAUCGACCUCAACAAGAAGGAGAACAAGAAUUCCAACAAGUUCAAACACCGGGAUGUCCCCACCAAGCUGGUGGCCAAGGCGGUGCCGCUGCCCAUGACGGUGCGGGGGCACUGGUUCCUGAGCCCCCGCACCGAGUACAGCGUGGCCGUGCAAACGGCCGUCAAACAGAGCGACGGGGAGUACCUGGUGUCCGGCUGGAGCGAAACCGUGGAGUUCUGCACCGGGGACUAUGCCAAGGAGCACCUGGCCCAGCUGCAGGAGAAGGCAGAGCUGAUCGCCGGCCGCAUGCUGCGCUUCUCCGUCUUCUACCGCAACCAGCACAAGGAGUAUUUCCAGCACGUCAGGAUGCACUGCGGGAACGUGAUGAAGCCGUCGCUGAAGGACAACAGUGGGAGCCACGGCUCCCCCACCAGCGGGAUGCUGCACGGCAUCUUCUUCAGCUGCAACACCGAGUUCAACACCGGGCAGCCCCCCCAGGACUCGCCCUACGGCCGGUACCGCUUCCAAAUCCCGGCCCAGCGCCUCUUCAACCCCAACACCAACCUCUACUUCGCGGACUUCUACUGCAUGUACACCGCCUACCACUACGUCGUGCUGGUCCUGGCGCCCAAGGGCUCCUCCGGGGAUCUCUUCUGCCGGGAGCGCCUCCCCCAGCUGGACAUUUCCUCCAACAAGUUCCUGACGUGCUGCGUGGAGGAGGGCGAGCUGGUGUACCGCCAUGCCCAGGACAGCAUCCUGGAGGUCAUAUACACGGAGCCCGUGGACCUCGCCCUGGGCGUGCUGGGGGAGAUCAGCGGCCACCAGCUCAUGAGCCUCUCCACCGCCAACGCCAAAAAGGACCCCAGCUGCAAGACGUGCAACAUCAGCGUGGGGCGUUAAAGGGGGGGGGAGGAGGAGGAGGAGGAGGCGGGCAGGGCCGGGCAGGGGAAUGGGCGCCCGCCCCGGGGGCUUCUCCCACGGACACUGGUGGGCAGAGGACGCAGGUGGGCACGAGGAAGGAACCAGUGGGAUGCUCGCCCGGCAGGGAGGUGGAGCCCAGCACGCUGCUCUGCGCCCCGAGGGAAGAAGCCUUCAUCUCCUGGACUGGCCGACCGGCAUCACCCUCGCUGGCGUGAGCCCCGCGCUCUGCCCUUCUCCGCGCAGCCGCUGCGGGACCCCCUUCCCCUCCGGUGUCCCCUGCAUCCCCCUGACAUCUCCCCGGGUUUGUGCAGCUCCCGGGGAGCCCUGGUCCUGCCAGCCGGGACUGGGGCUCCCUGGCCACCCCAGGGGGUUCAGUGGAGAGGCUGGAAGCGCCCCCGGUUUUGGGCUGCUCCCGGGGACAGCGGGGUGCUCAGACAGGGACCCCCCUCUCCUGCAGUGGAGGCCGCAGCAGUGUGGGGGACCCCUCGUGCUGUCCCCCUCUGCUCUGCCACCCUGUGCUGCCCAAACCGUGGCCCCGGAGGCAGCCGGAGGAGCUGGGGAAUAGGGGAGUGGAGCUGAGCCCCCCCACCCCGUGCCCCCCCACCCCGCCGCCCCCCGCAUG